AUGGGGGAGGAACGCCACGAUCAGGUCUAUUACUUCGCCUGUCCGACAGGUCAGCUCGGGCACUCGGGAGCCUGGAGCGCCCCUAUCCCGGUUCUCUCUGGAGUGGAGCUCAUAUCCCCAUACGUGAACCGCGCAGACGGUAGCUACACCAUUUUUGCAACCGGCAAUGGAAGAUUCCAAAAGCUCAUGCAAGGUUCGGCUAACACCGGGAGGAUAUGGAGAGCUCAGGAGAUUGCAAUUACGGCGGCACGAGAACUGGAACCCCUCACCUUCAAGUCCAACACUACCUCCAUACGUGUGACACAAAAGGACUCGGGCUUGCCGGCCUCAAGGGCAGUGGCCAAUCUCUCCGCCAACAGUUGCACCCUGGUGUAUAUCAACUGGCUCUAUUACGUCCUCUCGCCUACACCGAUCCAGGUCCCGGCCGAUGCCAGUGGUUCUCUUACAAUUGUGGAGAAGACUGAUGGCCUUCACGCAGCCGUCUUGGCGGCUUCUGCUGACAAAGAUAUAAUCACCUUCAACCCCAUGGACCGGGCGUUUGCCAAAUUUGCAACACUUGAAUCGGCAGAGAAGCUACGCAGCGCUCAGUGCUCCAGCCGGACAGUUGCUGGCGGUGUGGUUGCAUCGCCAGAGUUUACUUCUCUCGUGACGCCGUCGGUGAAUGAUGACACUGUAAUGCUUGUGGCACAACACAUGACAACGUUGAAAGAAGCUUACACCACAAUUGGGCAUCCAGUAAAAGAUAUAAGUGUGGCCCAAGCCUCCAGCCGUGCAGCCAUGCUGCGGGCCAGUGUAACCAAGGUAGUGAAUUUUGGGUUCCUGGGCGAUCUUAGCGACGUUAUUGACGAUAUCGGAGAUGCUGUCGCUGAUGUUGUUGAUGAUAUCGGGGACAUCAUCGCUUCAGAGGUUGGUGACGUGUGGCAGUGGAUGAAGAACACGGCAAAUUCCGUGGGGAGGAUUGUCAAGGGCACAGUCACCGGCAUUUUGCAAUUUUUUGCGAAGAUUGCAGAGAAGGUCUAUCAUGCGGUCCUGGACACUGUUCAUGUGGUGGUGGGCGCUGUGGAAUGGGAUGUAACCCACAACAUGGUCAGGCUGUGGUUGCAAGAUCAGGUGGAUAGGAUUUCUCAGGCGCGGCAGGUCUUAGACGAAACAAUCGCCACGGUCGAGGGGAAGGUGAAUGAAUGGGCUAACACCGACAGCUGGUCUCCAAGACUCGGGGACAUGGUGAAGAAAGCCUGUAUCUGGAGCGGCUCUGAUCAAUUCAAAAACCAGACGCCCGGCUCGGCUUCCCUGGCUGACAAAUACAGGGACCAUGCUACUCAGUUGCAGAUCCUUGGAGACUCUCCAAAAGCACAAGUCGUCGACGAGCUCCUCAACGACUUGUUAACGGCUGCCUCGAACGAGGGCCAUGUUAUAGGAGCGAUUUUCAUCCAGCUGGAGACCUUACUUGAACACGUGCAGGUCGUGGUGGACGCCCUCCUGAAUGUGCUGUGCGAAGUCGCGCAGUCUGCUCUAAAAGUCCUUGACAGCUCCGUGAAGGCCAUCAUCUCCGCGGGGAGCUGGGACGAGUUGGCGGGACUGUUUGGACAGCAACAACCAGAUGUUAUGAGAAGUGAGGCGGUGCUGGUUUCGUCUUCUUCCUUCGCCUCCUCCUUCACCUCCGACGGGCCAAUCUCCAUAUCAAAGACAGCGCAGAGGGUCACCUUCGAGUGCUGUCAUAUAACCGCCGGCGCCCUCAGUUUGGUUGGAAUCUUCAUGUUAGGUCUGGAGGCGGGGGACCAAACAGGAAGCGAGGCCCUUGGCAUUUCAGCGGCAAUCAUAGAUUUUGUCAUCGCCGCUCCCAACCGCGCUGGCGAUCUCCUUGUCCCCAUGUAUCCGGUUCAAUGCUUACCCUUCAAGAUCCUCUCAAGGUUAGUCAUAUCCUUCGUCGUUGGCUGCAAGGUUCUCUUCUCGGGGCCAGCACAGUGGGUAUUCCAGAAACACCGCAUCGGGACAAUGGUGGUUGAAAACGCCCGUGGAGUUGGCGCCGUGAUCAACGGCGUGCUCGUUAUUCACGACUCGGUGGUGACAAUGUGGCAUUUCUAUGAGCUCAGCGAGAACGCGCUGUGGGAUGCUGCCAUUGUCGGGGAAGUAUCAAGUCUGGCUUCGUACGCCUCGCGCCUGGCUUACGGAUGGGCCGUAAAUGACAAGGAGCAGAUGAGCCGUCUGGUGGCCAUAACCAUGAUGGGUGCGGCAGACGAUGUCUUUGGGGCCCCAGGCCGGUGUUGGUGA